AUGUUCAAAUUAAUCACCUCCGCCGUAUCUGACGCCUGCUCACGGUGGUGGGGAAGCGCCAAUGGCGCCGACGAAGAAGUCAUUAGCACCGUUCUCAUCAUCGCUGCUAUGCUUUCUAUAUUCUGGCUUGUAUGGAUGUUGAUAUCAAAGGACGCCCACCCGCCACUGCCGCCCGGCCCACGAUCUCUGCCACUUGUCGGAAACCUCCUGUCUCUUGAUCCAGAGCUCCACUCCUACUUCGCCUCUCUCGCAAAGACCUACGGUCCGAUUUCCAGGCUCUGGCUCGGUAAAAAACUGGGAAUCCUGAUCACCUCCCCGGCCUUGGCCCGUGAAGUUCUUAAACUCAACGACACCACCUUCGCCAACAGAGAUAUUCCGGUUGCUGGCGUCGAGGCGGCGUAUGGUGGAAACGAUAUUGUCUGGUCCCCAUAUGGCGAUCAAUGGCGGAUGUUGAGAAAGAUUGUUGUUCGUGAAAUGCUUAGCAACCAAACUUUGGAUUCCGUUUACUCUCUCCGGCGGAGAGAGAUCCGUAACACCGUGAAUUACUUGUACAACCGGGCCGGAUCGCCGGUCAACGUAGGUGAACAGAUGUUCUUGACCGUGUUGAAUGUGAUUACCGGUAUGAUGUGGGGCGGCACGGUGAAGGCGGAGGAUAGGGAGAGCCUUGGAGCGGAGUUCCGGCAAGUGAUCAACGAGAUGACCGGAUACUUAGGGAUGCCGAACUUGUCUGACUUUUAUCCGGGUCUAGCCAGGUUUGAUCUUCAGGGAGUUCAAAAAAACAUGAAAGUGUUGGCGAAAAGAUUCGAUGCAAUAUUUGAGACGAUGAUUGCUCAAAGGAGGAAGAUGAGUGGCGAUGAAAACAAAGACUUUUUACAGUACUUGUUGCAGCGUGAAGACGACAAAGAUUCCAAAACACCAUUCACAAUGAUGCAUCUAAAAGCCUUGCUCAUGGAUAUGGUGGUCGGAGGGACGGAUACGACUUCAAAUACCGUCGAGUUUGCUCUGGCUGAAAUGAUGAACAAACCGGAAAUCCUGAAAAAGGCACAACAAGAAUUAGAAACGGUGGUCGGAAAAGACAACAUAGUGGAGGAAUCCCACAUCAACAAACUGCCAUACUUAUACGCUAUCAUGAAAGAAGUUCUUCGUUUACACCCAACACUUCCGCUAUUGGUCCCACAUUGCCCAAGUGAGUCGUGUGUAAUCGGUGGUUACAUGGUUCCAAAAGGUGCUCGAGUGUUCAUCAAUGCCUGGGCAAUACAUAGAGACCCAACCAUUUGGGAAAACCCAUCGGAGUUUAGUCCUGAAAGGUUCUUGGUUAACGAGUGGGAUUAUAGUGGCAAUGACUUCAAUUAUUUUCCAUUUGGUUCUGGAAGGAGGAUAUGUGCAGGGACUGCAAUGGCGGAGCGAAUGUUUAUGCUUUUGCUUGCGUCGCUUAUUCAUUCGUUUGACUGGGAAUUGGCUCCCGGAGAGAAGCAUGAUCUAUCUGAAAAGUUUGGGAUUGUGUUGAAGAAGAAGGUUGCUCUCAUGGCAAUUCCCACACCAAGAUUCUCAAGCUCGACUGUGUACGAGUGACAUAAUUAAGUUGUAUACGGGCUACCACUUCCAAGUUAUACAUGAUGUUCAAUCUAAAGUACUGUUAAUAUCUUUGCAAGCAGUAACAUAUACCUUUUAUACUAUUAUCUUCAAGAUGAAUAUACUAUUGUUUCCUCGAUAGAAGAUGUUAAAGAAAC